UCUUUCCUAAUAUCGCCUCCUAUUGGUCUCUUAUGAUUAUCAAUUGUUGUUUGUAACUUAUAAUUAAUGAUUGUAACUAUGAUUAUGACCUAUCACUUGCUUUAUUUGUACACUAUGAGGUUAUGCACUGGAAACAGAAAGUGAAAAGUUUCUUCACUUACAGAGCAAAAGAGCACUGCAUAUACUUUCAUUAUGUGUUCAUGUUCCACUGUCACUAAGCAACUGAGAAUCUUUGUAUAUAUAAAGUUUCAUUCCCUUGGUGGGUUGCCAUUUCUUUUUUAUUUAUUUAUUUCAACUUCAGAAAGAAGCACCACAGCACUACUUUUUUUUUAAAGCAAUAGCUUCACAGUUGAGUCUAUGGCUUCUGAUUUUAAUGAAAGUUAUUAAAUCAAGUUAAAAAUUAACCAUGGCUUCUCAAGUCACUGCAAGACAUUUUCAUCCUUAUUCAUACUUAAAUCCAGCUGAUUCACUUCACAAGAUGCAUCUAAACCAACACAAAGAUCUGUUGAAGAGAAUGUAUAUGCCUUUUGUACGGGGACCUGAAGACAGGCAUUUUUUUGCCAGUUUCCAAGACAAGGAUAGUAAUGCUUUUCUAAAAUCCAAUCCUUUCCUUCCUCCUGAAGAUAAAGGCUACCUUUUAGCACCGCAUCGGGAUGAUGUGCCAAUAAUCAACACUAGUUCAGGAUUUUUGAGCCCAGGUGGUAAAGUUGACCGACAAAUCUUAGACAACAAAGCCUAUGAACCCCUGCAAGAUGGCAAAGAUACACAUUCUUCACAGCAGGCAUCUGUAUUUUGCAGAAAAAGCCAAGUUGGUGAUAGAAAAGCUUUACUGUUGAAAGAAAUAAAUCAGAACCAACAGUGGAAUUCCAGAGCAAUACCUGACAUUUCUGUGAGAUCAAGACUUGGAGGAUGGACAAGUCCAGUAAAAGUCAUACCAAAUCCACCUAAAGCCAAAGAAAAUUUUAUACCUCAUACAUUUGUAUUUCACGUGGACACAGAUGUUCAGUCAAGUGAUACUUCUUCUGAACCCUGCAGAGAUAAGAGAGCUUUGAAGUAUAUGUAUACAUCCGCAAUCCAGAGAGGAUAUGAAGAAGUUCCCUGGGAUAAUAUGUUAUCUCCCAAAGUCGGGCCUGAACAUUCAAGAUUACAACCCAUGGGGAAUAUUUCUUCAAGCAAGCGAUAUGAACCAGCAGAAGAAAUAAGCCAAGUUGUUGGAGGUCUCUGGGACAGAUUUCAAAAGAGAAUGUUUACAGUACCAUACAGGCCAAUACAUUUUGUUAGCCCAAGUUCUCGAACUCAGCAUCCCCCUUCAUACACAGGCUGUAUUGGUUCAGAGAAUUCUGAGGAUCUAGACAACCCUUUUGUUGACUUAAUUACCUACAACCGAGUUCAUACUACAAUACCACAUUAUGUGAAAUCUUCACAAUCUCCAAACACCUUUGGAUACACCGGCAAGGUUCAUUGGUCAGCCACCCAACCAGUAAAUUCUAAUCUUCCACCAGCAUUGCCAUCAAUAAUUUCACGAAUGUAUGGAUACUUAACUGAACAUGGACAGGCAAAAGAAUUCCCCCAUUGGGGACCCAUGUCACAGGUCGUUACAACCACUGAUCCACAGAAUGCUUUCAAUAAGAAGGAAAAAGAACGACUUAAAAUGCGAAAAAACAUUUGUCCCAGUGGGAAAUAAAAAUUGUAACAUGGAUUUGUUUUUAAAAAUCAACACUUUUUCAGUGUUUGCCUUUAUGAGAUAGAAAAGUAAUGUUCCAUAUAAUAAUACACUCAAGUACAUAGCAUAUUUUAAUAAAAUACACAUUUUUCCAUAUAGUUUUAUGAAAAUCCCAUAACUCAUUAAAAUAUAUUGAUUUCUCAAUUUUA